AUGGCCGCAGCUCCUGCUUCUGCGACGCUCGCCAUCUCCGACUCUCCUCCGCCCGGGAACUCGCCCGCAAAGGCUGAUGCCGCGACGGAGUCGUCCGCAACUCCCGGACCCCAGUCUGAGACGCCGAUCCGCACGUCUAACCAUGAUGUGACCGAAGUCCCGGACGGAGCCUCCAUCCACACCACGGAUGGCCGCGUCAAGAACCCUGUGCCGAGCAAGCUAAAGGGCAAGGCCGACAACAAGAAUGGCAACUUUGGCGUCAUGCACAUCGACAUAAAUAGCUCACAAGCUGCCCUUCGAAACGCUGCCGCAAAGCGCACGAGCGAGGAGACGGAAGCUGCGGCGAGGCUGGCUAACAUGCGCGGCUACCAGUCUAUCAAACGCAGCAAGCUGGCUUGGAUCCCGCCGUCUGAAUCGGAUCCGCGCUCCUCCGCCCCGACCUACGGGGCUUCGCAGAAUGGCUAUCUCAAUGCCCCCUACCCUCUGCCCGCCCGUCCCCUGGGGCCCCUGCCGCACGAGGCCAAGGCGGAACAGGCUCGUCUUCUCACAUUGCUGCGCAGCUUGAACCCCCUCGUAGUCGUGGAUCAGCUGUGCAAGGCAUUGGCCUACUUUGGGGGCAUCCCCGGGGCUCCUUCUUCUCACGACUUUGUCUUCCCAGAGAGCCAGCGCAACAAUGGUCAGGGUUCCAUUUUCGUCGGCUGGGUAGCCGAGAUAUUCCCUCCAGUCGAAGGAAACCCCACGGCCAUAGCGCCGCACCCCUCGCUUCAGAGCGCCGAAAUUGCCUCUGCUGCUGCUGCCGCCGUCACAGUCGCUUCUCCAGACAUGCCCGCUUCGUCCCAACCUUCGACCGUAUCCCAUCCCGCCACCGCUCCUCCCGCUCCUCCCGCUCCUCCCGCUCUUGCCGCUCUUCCCGCUCAACCUACCUCCACGGAUACAACAGCAGAAGCUUCGAAACCUCCAGAGACGCAGAAUGCCCCCGCUGCGACUCCCGUUAAGAGGCCGAGAGGACGGCCAAAGGGGAGCAAGAGCUCCAAACCUCGGAUCGACAAAGGCAUCAAGAAGUCGGACUUGGCGCAUCAUCACGCGUCCAGCCAGGCGGACGGACAGGGCCCACACAAUGCCCUCAACCUAUCCCAGCACGACCAGACUUCCAGCGAGCAGCGAAAUGGGCUGCAUAAUCCGGCCUUCCCCGGCGAUAUCCCAGCACAUCUGGACCCUGACUCCAGCAUCGUGAGCACUCCAGGGACGGGCAAGAAGAGGGGUCGACCGAAGGGGUCUAAGAACCGACCAAAGAACACUCCAGAUGCAAGCCAAGCGGCGACGGCUGCCGACGCUUCUCAAAAUCUGCUACCCGCAUCGACAAGCUCCCAUCCAAUUGCGCCCUCGCCUUUAUCACAUAAGUCCACAGGAAGUCUGAAUAAUAUUCCCUCCUACGCAACUUCAAUGCCGUCCAGGACAGACCACCACCAGCAACAGCAGCAGCAGCAGCAGAACCCCUCGCCGACGAUGCAAGAGAGCGCGGUUGGGCAGCACGGCGUACACAUGGCCGCGCGGAAUCCUCAGACGAGCCAGACAGCAAGCAUUCCGGCCGUCAGUAGCUGGGCCGGCUCGGGAAUGCAGUCUCUAGAUCAGUAUCGCUCGGCUAACAACCACUCGCAUCUGAAGAAGAGGAAAAUCGGCGACGCAGCGCAGUUGGCCAGGGAUUCACUAUCGGCACUCGCAGCCCCGGAUGCCUCCUCGCAGAUGCGCCACGGCGACGAGAGUUCGUUACAGAUGGCUCCCACUGAUUCGGCUGCCAUGAAGCGCCGGCGGGUGUCGCGUGAGUCGAUGCAGAACCCCAUGUUCAGCAAUAUCGACACCCAAUCCGGCCGCGUGGGCAUGAACACGUCACCAAUACUCAACAAUAACUACAACAGCAUCUCCCAGGCCAUGGCCACCAAUAAUUUUGACACUCAGCUGGCCAGUGCUGCGGUUAGGAAAGCGUCGACUCAGCAGCAUCUUCAGCAGCAGCAGCAGCACCCCCAGCGAUCGCCAACACAAGCCCAAGGCCAGAAUGUCAACCAGUCGCUCCAGAAUCAGCAACAGCCGCAGCAAUUUACGCCUCAGCGCCCGCAGCAGCAAAAUCCAGGGAUGCGCCCACCACAGCUUCAGCAGGGAGGACACAUGGGGCCAGGAUCCUCGAGACCUAGGCCGGGCCAGAUGUACGGCAACAGCCCUACAGGAAUGACCUCGCAAGGGUUCUACGCCCAGACGAGGCAACUACCAGGACAGCUGGGGCACGUCGCUGGCGGCGGCGGCGGCAGCAGCAGCUUUGCUAGAGCCACGGGCAGCGGCCAAGCGUCACAGUUUAGGUCGUCUAACAUGGCAAGGCAGAGCUCCGACGACCGCGCCGUCAGUCUGUCGCAGCAAGCGUCUCUGGCCAUUUCGCGCAGUCAGGCAGGCCAGCAGCAGCAGACGCCCCCAGCUCGCCACCCGUCGUCCGGCUUCACCAACGGCCAGCAAGCGCCCGCGACAUCGGCAUCUGUGCCGACGACAUCGAGCCUGAGCCAAUUCCAGAACUUUGCAGAGCACAGCUACCUGGACAUGGACUACGGGCUUAACGAGCGCGACGUCCAGGACGCCGCGGCGGCGUUUGGCGACUCGACGCAGCUGGAGGCGGCGCUGGCAGAAGGCAACAUCAGAGAGAGGCUUUACCAGGUCAUGGCUAAUCGCCAAUAG